ACAGACCCAAGAUGGGGAUCUCAGCCGCUGAUCUUCUUUCCAGGACGAUAACCAGAUUCUGCACACAUUGACCACAGGGAGGAAACAUGGAUAAGUUGUUGCUGUGUUUCCUGGUCAUCGUUAACCUCAGUGGUGCUUUUUUCCAAGGAGACACGUACAGAAAGGCCUUUGUGUUCCCCAGAGAAUCAGAUACAUCCUUUGUGACCCUGUUUGCUCCGGUGCAGAAGCCGCUGAGUGCUUUCACCAUGUGCCUACAAGCCUACACCGCCUUGUCCCGCCCUUAUAGCCUCUUCUCUUAUGCCACCAGGGCUCAGCACAAUGAGAUCCUUCUCUUCAGGGAAAAGUUUGGCUUAUACAGCGUAUCCGUGGGUGGAUCUGACAUCUACUUCAAGGUUCCUGAGACCUUUUACACACCAAGGCACUUCUGUGUUACCUGGGAGUCCAGCACGGGGAUUACAGAGCUCUGGGUGGAUGGGAAACCCAUGGUGAGGAUGAGUCUGAAGAAGGGGUACUCUGUGGGGGCAGGGGCAAGCAUCAUCCUAGGGCAGGAGCAGGAUUCAUUCGGUGGGGGCUUUGAUACCAACCAGUCCUUGGUGGGAGACAUCGGAGACGUGAAUAUGUGGGACUACGUGUUGUCACCACAUGAUAUCAGCACCGUCCACGCUGGUGGGGUCUUCAGCCCUAACUUCCUGAACUGGCAGAACUUGAAUUAUUCAACACGAGGUGAAGUGUUCCUCAAGAACCAGCUGUGGUCCUGAGCCCCUUUUGUCUGUGCUGAAGUUGCCGUCUUGGCGGGCGGUGGGGGGGUCACACCUUACAUUGCCCUGUCCCUGGCUCUGAGGCGUCGCUUUCCUACACAUAUGGCUCUGGGGCGUUGGGGGACCGUAUCUCCCCCUGCCUUCUCUUCCCUGUUUCCCUCCGCACAAGGGACAGUGCAGGGAAGACGGGCUUUUCGUAGAAUUACCAGGCCACACCCAAGGCCAAUUAAAUCUGAUUUUUGGGAGUGGGACCCAAGCAUCACAGGGAUUCCAGUAUUUGGUCAAGGUAGAGAGCCAUGCAUUUUCAGUAUGUUUAGGAGCAACUGAGCCAACUUUUUUUUUUUUUUUUCUCCUGGAAGACUGCCUGUGUUUACCUGCAGCCCUGCUAACAUUUGCAUUUCCCUUUAAAGGGAAACCCACCCCUUUUGAUUGUGCUUUAAAGAAUUAUCUGCAUAAUCCAGGGGGAGAGUUUUUCCAGCAUUCUGACCCACCAUCCAUUAGGAUGUGGUCAUUAUAAGUUAGAAUGAUCUUUAAUUCUUUAAUCCUUUCAAUUUGAAGAUUUAAAAAUCUAAAAAGAAAUGUUUUGUUGUUGUUUCUGUUUCAUUUGUUCUAUUUUUUCUUCAGGACCACCAGUUCUCAUUGUGUGAUAUUUCCAUUACUUCUCCUCCUUGUUUACCAUCACGCAGAGCACUCUUACCUGUGUGCCUUGUCCUUAUAAUGUGAGCUUUCACUUUUUUAAGGCUUUCCUCCGCAUCACUGAUUCGUUUUUCUGUUUGGUAUACUGGGAUCCUUCCUAUUUCUAAUGCCACUGAAAAUCCCACAGCACGUUUUGAGCCUGUCUAGAAUUCCUUCUUGGAUUUAGUAUGUUCUUUCAACGCUCACGUUUCACCAAGUCCCUAUUUCCUUCAGUUUGCUUGAGAGCAUCAUGCUGCAUCAGAUUUUCUAAAUGUUCCUGUCAUUAAUCUUUUUGAAAUAAAUCUUUUGCAUGCCUGAAA